CAACUGGUCUGUCUGUGGGUUGUAGUCUGUAGGUUGUCUGUAGUGUCUGUAGUCGUGAUGUCUCUGAGUUCUGUCCACGGGACUCUGUCCAGCCUGAAGUCCUUUCAGACAGACAUCGGAACCGGGAUGGACAUAGUGACUGAUGUAGCCAUGGACCUGGCUGAAGACCAGGAUGAAGAGGUGAACCCCGGCAUCAGAGAGAUGGAGGCCAUGAUUCUGGAGUGUGCCAAGCUGGACCGAGAGAUCAACUACUUUGUUGACAUUGUGCAACAAGUCACAACAGAGGCUGCCGCCCAGCCGCCAGAGGCCAUGUUCAGCCUGUCUGCCAAAGUGAAGGAGCGCUUCACCGAGGCCAUAUCCCGGCUCUCUGACGCCGAACUGCAGAAUCACCAGAAAGUAGUGGCCUUCAAGGACAGCGUCAAGAACUCUCUCAACCCAGCCAACCAAGAGUCAGCAGAGACCACGGAGGAGCUCGAUGAAGACAUCGCUGUUACACAGAGCCAAGUCAAGUUCACCUGCCCGCUCACACAGGUGGAGAUGGUGAACCCGAUGAAGAAUAAGAAGUGCAACCACCACUAUGAUGAAGCAGCCAUACUGGGCCUGAUCAAAACAAGACACAACCAGAAGAAGAAAUGCGGUAAGACCUGUCCUGUGGUGGGCUGGAACACAGAUGUGAAACAGUCCGACCUGAUUCCUGACCAGAUCCUGAGGAGGAAGAUCCAGAGCGAAAAGAGAAACAGCAACCGGACGUAGUACUUUUAUCUUUUUACAUUUUGAUUGGCAGAAUCAUUCAUCAUAAAAGGGUAACUAUUUGUAUUUUAAAGGCGCAGUGUGUAGGAUUUAGUGGUCUCUCUCUAGAGUCAUUGUUUGGUUUGUCCGUUCAGGGCUACUGUAGAAACAUGGAGGACUGUGAAGAGGACCCCGCCUCCCUAUGUAGAUAUGAAGGACUCAUUCUAAGCUAACAAAAACACAACCAUUCUUAGUUUCAGUGAUUAUACACAUAGUUAUGAAUAUUAUAUUCCAUUUUCUGCCUAUAAAUCCCCCUAAAUCUUACACACUGGCCGUUUAAGAAGGAGCAUGUUGUUGGCAGUAUUCUGAGACAGUCCUCGGUACUCAGUUGUAACCAGUUUGCUGCUGUUCAUGGAAAAUUUCCCAAUUUUCUAUUCAGAGAUUUGUACCUGAUGAAUAAUCUGCUGUCCGGUUGAUUUAGAGUUUAUUAAGUGAUGCCUGUUUGUAUGUCAGCUGGAGCAUUUUUUGUUCACUGACUUGUUGAAUGUGAAUAAAAGCUGCAGACCUUUUUCAUAAAUGAA